UUGGUCAAAUCUUAUAUCACACCGUUACACAAGCUGUUUUGUAAACUCAAAGAUAAUUUCUGUAAGGUGGAGAAUAUUAGUAUCAGGUGACUCACGUUGCUGCAGCAAAGUCAGAUCAUUUCGAUCUCUAUACACUGAAGGAAGCAGGUUGCAGCGAUGUGGGGUUCAGGUCUGUUGCUCUUCCUGGUCGGACUCUGGCAUACGUCCCACGCCCAGAGCUCUGAGCCCAUGUUUCAGGUUGUAACGCAGACGAUGCUUGCUCCCGACAGCCUGCACAAUCCCACACAACUGAACUAUGGAAUGGCUGUAACAGAUGUGGAUGGUGACGGCGACCUGGAAGUGGUUGUGGCAGGGUACAAUGGGCCCAACCUAGUGCUGAAGUACAAUCACACUCAAAACAGGCUGGUGAACAUUGCUAUUGAUGACAGCAGCUCUCCAUACUACGCCUUAAGGGAUCAAGCAGGAAAUGCUAUUGGAGUUACUGCCUGUGAUGUGGAUGGAGAUGGACGUGAGGAGAUCUACUUCCUCAACACAAACAAUGCCUACUCUGGAAAGGCAACCUAUUCAGACAAGCUGUUCAAGUUUCGGAAUGGCCGCUUUGAAGAUCUUCUGGGGGACGAGCUCAAUGUGCGUCGUGGUGUCGCCAAUCGCAUGGCAGGACGUUCAGUUGCAUGUGUUGACAGAAAGGGAACAGGCCGUUACUCAAUUUACGUGGCCAACUAUGCCAGCGGCAGCGUCGGCCCCCACGCUCUCCUUGAAAUGGACGAGGCUGCCAGUGAUCUCACCAAGGGCAUCGUCGCUUUGUCUGACGUGGCUGCCGAGGCCGGGGUCAACAAGUUCACAGGUGGGCGCGGUGUGAUCGUCGGACCGAUCCUGAGCGAGUCGAGGUCGGACGUGUUCUGUGACAACGAGAACGGACCCAACUUCCUGUUCAAGAAUAAUGGAGACGGGACGUUUGUUGACGUGGCCAGACAGUCGGGUGUGGAGGACCUGUAUCAGCACGGCAGAGGAGUAGCACUAGCUGACUUCAAUGGCGAUGGAAAGACAGACAUCGUCUAUGGCAACUGGAACGGCCCACACAGACUCUUCCUGCAGGGCAGCGACGCUAAAUUCUGGAACAUAGCCCAUGGAGGAUUGGAAACCCCCUCACCUAUUCGCACAGUCAUCGCUGCUGACUUUGACAAUGACAAGGAGCUGGAGGUGUUUUUCAACAAUAUUGCAUAUAGAGGCGACGCCCCUAACAGGCUGUUCAGGGUGUCAAGAAGAGCAGAUGCAGACCCUUUGAUACAGGAGCUUCACGUGGGAGAUGCUGCAGAGCCGCAGGGGCGAGGAACGGGUGGCACCGUGACAGAUUUAGAUGGGGACGGACAGCUGGACCUGCUGCUGGCACAUGGAGAGAGUGCCCAGCAGCCAAUCUCUAUCUUCAAGGUUACACAGGGCUCGUCUAACAACUGGCUGCGGGUCAUCCCUCGUACCCAGUUUGGAUCCUUUGCCCGCGGAGCCAAGGUGACAGCCUUCACCAGUCAGAGUGGAGCUCACACUCGCAUCAUCGACGGAGGUUCGGGGUACCUGUGUGAGAUGGAGCCGGUCGCCCACUUUGGUUUAGGAACCGAUCAGGUGACGGUGCUGCACGUCUCCUGGCCAGACGGCAACUCCAUCACUCGAACCCUCCAGCCUGAUGAAAUUAACUCAGUGGUGGAAGUGGCCUAUCCCAAAGAAGGGGAGUCGUCUCUGCUUGCUAAUGACACGCAGUGUGGUGAAGGGUUUACUGUCAAGAAUGGACGCUGUGCAGGUCUGUGAGGAAAAUCACUUGAUAUGCAAUCAAAAUGUUCCACGACUGGGAAAUACAAUGUUACAGAAAACCUGGUUUUAAAAUACUUUCCUUUUUGUCUGUACUUUAGGGGCCUUGUUGUUUCCUUUACUCUGAGUAGUUUUAAUAUAUAUAUUUUUAAUAAUAGUUAUCUCUAUUUUUCUCUUAACCGCUUACUGCUACUGCUAACUUACAGUUGUUUUUUAUGUGUCACGGCAAACUCUUAAUAAACGGCUGCAAAUCCA